AUGGACUCUCUGCUUCAAGACCUACCCCGCUUGUCCGGAAUAAUCCCAGCAAUCCUCGUCCUAUUAAUCUUUGUAUUUUUCAAAUCGAUAUCAUCAAGCAAGCUCAAAACACCACCAGAACCCUUGGGAGCAUGGCCCAUCAUAGGUCACUUGCCCAUUCUAGCGAAAUCCAAGCUUCACCACAAGACCUUGGCAUCCCUGGCUGACCAGUGUGGACCCAUCUUCAACGUCCGGUGUGGGACGUUCCAGGCCCUAGUGGUGAGCGGUUCUGAGAUAGCCAAGGAGUGUUUCACCAAGAACGACAUCGCAGUGUCCACUCGACCACGAUACUUGGCCCAGGAGAUCCUGGGCUACUCCUAUGCCAUGUUCCCGUUCGCGCCUUAUGGCCCAUACUGGCGCCAGGUGAGGAAGAUGGCCACCUUGGAGCUGCUCUCGAGCCGGAGGGUAAAAUCGCUUCUCAACCCUAUCCAGGCCUCGGAAGCGGACGUGGCCAUUCAAGAGCUGCACAAGCUUUGGAUUGAGAGUAAGGACGAUUCAGGCCAUGUCAUCAUCGACUUGAGGCCGUGGUUUGCAAAGUUGACUCUGAAUGUGAUCCUGAGAAUCGUGGCCGGAAAGCGCUACCGUACAGCGGACGAGGAAGAGAAGCAACGGUGCCAAAAGGCGUUACGGGAGUUCUUCCACCUCUUUGGGGCGUUUUUACCGUCAGACGCUUUUCCUUUCCUGAGGUGGCUCGACUUAGGUGGACGUGAGAAGGCCAUGAAGAGGACUGCAGAAGAACUAGACGAAAUUAUGGGUGGUUGGUUAGAGGAUCACAAGAGGGAUAAUAAGAAUUUGGGUGAGACCAAUGGAAGUGGAGAUUUCAUGGACGUCAUGCUUUCGGUCCUUAACGAUGAUGAAAUUGGAGGUUAUGAUGCUGAUACGAUUAUAAAAGCUACAUGCUUGGCGAUGAUCGCAGGCGGCAGUGAUACCUCGAUGGUUACCCUGACGUGGGCAAUCUCACUGUUGCUCAACAACCUUCACAGCCUGAAGAAAGCUCAAAAAGAGCUGGACGCUCAGAUCGGCAAGCAAAGGCAUGUGAAAGAAGGGGACAUCGCCAGCCUAACUUAUCUUCAAGCCAUAGUGAAGGAGACCCUCCGGUUACAUCCGGCGGCCCCACUCUCAGGGCCACGCCAAUUCACUGAGGAUUGCACUGUCGGCGAGUACCACGUGCCCAAAGGCACAUGGUUGAUCUUGAACAUCUGGAAAAUCCAAACCGACCCCAGGACAUGGCCUGAUCCAUUGGAGUUUAGGCCCGAGAGGUUCUUGAGCAGCCACAAAGAUGUUGAUGUGAAGGACUCCAACAUUGCACUCCUCCCGUUUGGAGGCGGCAGGCGAAUAUGCCCCGGAAUAUCUUUCGGACUGGAGAUGGUGCACUUUCUUCUAGCUAAGUUCUUACAUGCAUUCGAGAUAUCAACCGUGGACAACUCACCAGUGGAUAUGUCCGAGAUCUUCGGACCAACUAUACUAAAAGCGACCCCAUUGGAGGUUAUGCUCAAGCCAAGAUUAACUCGGGAGCUCUACUAG